AAUAUAAAUAUCAGCCAAUGGCUGCUGGGCCAGGCAUGGAUAUAUAAAGGGGCUGGGAGCCCUCUCCUACACACAUCCCUUCAGGUCUGGGGAGUUGUUGGUCCUGUAGUCACUCAGGAGUCUUUAUAGAUAUUUUGCCUCCAGUAACAGAUACCUGUAAAGUGCAAUCAUGCCUUUUGGCAACUCCCACAAUCAACUGAAACUGAAGUACAGCGUGGACGAUGAAUUCCCAGACUUGAGCCUCCACAACAAUCAUAUGGCCAAGGUGCUGACUAAGGAACUGUAUGAAAAACUGAGGGUCAGACAGACGCCAAGUGGAUUUACUGUGGAUGAUGCCAUUCAAACUGGGAUUGACAACCCAGGCCACCCUUAUAUUAUGACAGUGGGAUGUGUCUCUGGAGAUGAAGAGUGUUAUGAUGUGUUCAAGGAACUCUUUGACCCCAUCAUUGAGGACAGGCAUGGGGGUUACAAACCAUCAAGCCAGCACAAAACAGACCUCAACUCAGACAAUCUGAAGGGUGGUGAUGACCUGGACCCAAACUACGUUAUUAGCUCGCGUGUCAGAACUGGUAGGAGCAUUCGGGGAUUCUGCCUCCCACCUCACUGUAGCCGUGGGGAAAGACGAGCCAUUGAAAAACUCUCCAUUGAAGCUCUCGACAGUCUGAGCGGUGACUUGAAAGGUAAAUACUAUGCCCUGAAGAGCAUGACUGACCAGGAGCAGCAGCAGCUUAUUGAUGAUCACUUCCUCUUUGACAAACCUGUCUCUCCUCUUCUUUUGGCCUCUGGAAUGGCCCGGGACUGGCCUGAUGCCAGGGGUAUCUGGCACAAUGACAACAAGACUUUCCUUGUCUGGAUCAAUGAGGAGGAUCAUCUUCGUGUGAUUUCCAUGCAGCAGGGCGGCAACAUGAAGGAAGUCUUCAAGAGGUUCUGUGAUGGUCUGACAACCAUUGAGUCUCUGUUUAAGAACAAGGGCUAUGAAUUCAUGUGGAAUCAACACCUUGGGUAUAUCCUGACCUGCCCAUCUAACCUUGGAACUGGUCUCCGGGCUGGAGUCCAUAUUAAAUUGCCAAAUCUGAGCAAAAACGAAAAGUUUGGCGAAAUCUUGAAGAGGCUGAGACUGCAGAAAAGAGGAACAGGUGGUGUUGACACUGCAGCUGUUGGUGGAGUCUUCGAUGUUUCCAAUGCCGAUCGUCUGGGCUUCUCAGAGGUAGAACUGGUUCAGAUGGUGGUUGAUGGUGUGAAGCUGCUUAUUGAGAUGGAAAAACGUCUGGAGAAAGGCCAGUCCAUUGAUGACCUCAUCCCAGCACAGAAAUAAAUGCACUUUAAUGGCCAUGCUUUCUAAUUUAUUGGAUGAAUAGCCUCACUGAGUUCUUGGGACCCAACUCCUGCUUAGUAACAGUGUAGACAUGUCUUCCAUCUGUUUAUGGGUUUUGUUAGGGUUUUUUUUUGUUCUCAAUGGCUGCAAUGUUACUGAAAACUAGAAAAUAAACAUUGGUUUUGCCUUGA